CUGUUUUAGAUGACACAGGACAGCAGUUAUUUUAUUAAUGUGUCAGUAUGGGCUCCAGUGCGCUGCCUCUCAUUCUCUCGUUGUUGUCCCUCAUCCACGCUGGACUCACUCAAGCCAAACCUGUAGUGAAGGUGACGCCAGAUCAUCGUGUGUUCAGAGGAGAGACAGUCACUCUUACAUGUGACAUACAGGAAGGAAGAAACAUUCAGUGGACAUACAGCUGGUUUAAAAAUAGAUACAAUUACUAUCCAUACAGAACAACAACAGCAGAGAUUAGUUUCAGAGCUGAUUAUCUGUCUGAUAGUGGUGAAUACAGCUGUAUAGGAGAGAGAUCAGACUCACAGAGAUCAGACAUCAGUGCUGCUGUUACACUGACUGUAUCAGGUGAGUGAUCAUAUUCA